AUGACGUCGAGUAAGUUGUCCGUCUCUCGUGCCACCAUUAAAUCUUCCUUUGGCCACUUCUCCUUCUCUUCUUCUCAAAUCAAUCUUUCCGACCCUGUCCGCCCCCCGACCUCGUCACACGCCCAGAACCACCACAGCCUUUCCGAACCCGUAAACGACCAAAUCCUCGGAGACACCGCCGUUUCCAACCCCUACCCACCCAGUCCCAACUAUUCUCGUCCCCAGCCGCCAGUCUCCCCGAAACGAUCCCGUACCGACACCGACAUCAAGUCAGCUUCGCGACCUGCCACACGGAACGGCCGCAAUCUGGUUGUUGAAGAGACGGAGAAGCCAGCCGAGCCAGUGCUCGCGCCCACAAGGCCUCCUAACAACAGAAAGUCCCGGUCUUGGGGCAACCGCUUGUCUGCUCUGUUCCCCUCGCUCAUUGUCCAACCAACAGAUCAAUCGCAACCUCCCCCGCCUGUGCAACUCCCCCACCAGCAGCAGCUCCCGAUUCACCGCAAACCGCUGCCCGACGACUCACCGACGUCCCCCUCCGACAGCGCGCCUUCGUACCGUUCGACAGAUAAUCCCACUGUCCGGCCCGUCUCGAGCUCAGGAGACGGCCUCGGGAUUGCUUCUUACUCAACUGAUUCCCUCGACCCACCGCCGCCGGCUGCUCCAACUGAUGCACCGCCUCCCAUUCCUUCAAGAAUCCCCGCACCGCUAGACUCCUCGGCCUCGUACUCUCAGGUCGAGCAGCCUCUGGUUUCUCCUCCCGAACCUCCUACACCCACAUCUCCCAACACAAUGGCCGCGCCUUUGCCGCCUCAGCAGGCGCCGCCGCCGGUUCCGGCGAAGCUGCGAAAGGAGAGGACCAUGCCGACACCUCCCCCUAUCCCGCAGUCCAAUGAAAUCUCCGUGCCUUCGCCGAGAGCGGUCUCCGGUCCCGAGGGGAUGUCGCCUGGUAAGCUCAAGAAGGAGAAUCCCGAACCGCGAAAGAGAAGCAGCUCCUUCCACCAAGCCCGCAGGGGUUCGAUGGCCUUCCUGGGAAUCCGCUCGACGUCGCCAGGACCCGACGCCAGGGGCAGAAGCACCUCCGCGCAACCGCCCGGCGCCAGCGGCAGAACGAAUACCGGCAGCUCUCAAAACACCAACCAAGCCCCCGAAUCGACUGGUAGCGGCAGCCCGACUCGCGAGGAGCGACGUGGUCGCCUCAGGAGGAGUUGGCUCCCGGGCGGUGGACGAUCGCGAUCCAAUUCGCAGGAUGUCACCGCGUCGAAAAACUCACAAGCUUGGGUGCUGUCCCAGGACACAGUGGGUGAUUAUAAUACCUCGUUCCUGUUGAACGCGGAGAAGGUCCCGGAGUUGUGGAACGAAAGCGGCAAUGUCUACGUCUACCUCCAACCUAAAUCAGCCAACGGUCAACCUUCCUUCAAGGUCCCUAGCUUCUCCAUUAUCAACUCAGUAAUCUUCAAUGAACUCAUCCAGGCGGAAAUGUCGUCACCGACCGGCAGAAGCCGUGGCCGAAGUUUCGGUGGUCGUGACAGCCUUUCCGUCCAUGACGCGCGGAACAUGGCCUUUUCCCCGCCCAGCUCACCCCCUCUGGAAAGUCCGGAGAGCCCCGGCGAGGCAAGGUUGUAUCUGCCGGCCACACCCCCGCAAUACACGCAAAAUGGUCAGCUUGCUGCGCCGGGUCCCCAGCUCCGCGCCGACCUCGACCGGCUGAUUAACAUCCGUAACCUUUUUGCCUUUUUGACCGGCCAGCCUCUGGUCGGCACCAAGGCGCACCCGACGACUUUUGCAGCAUUCUGCCAGAUUUCCACCCUGCUGCAGGAGUAUGGCUUCACUAGCUUGGACGGCUCAUCCUUUGGUGAGGCCGUCGACCUCAGCUUCAGCUUCUUCAUGGAGCAGAUGUCGCUUGCCGAUGUGCGACACAGCCGGGAGAAGACUCUCGAGUCCCUGGUGCUCGGUGAGCGCAUGCGGUCGAUGGAGCUGUACAAUGAGGCGUUCGCGCACGCCGUAGGCAAGUACACGGCGAUCAUGGACUUGCGCUCACCCCUGUUUGAGCAAGUUUCGGCGUACACCAGACAGAGGCUUGAGCGAGCUCAUUUGGAUCUCGUCAACCGCCAGCACAGCGUCAAUGUCCGUCUGGAGCAGUUCGAGUUCCCGUCUCUGUUUGCCGGUAUCGCCAGCUCAACUUCGGACCCGGAGCUGAAGGCUAUCCGCUUCAAGGUGUGGCAGAAGUACUUCAACAAGAUGAGGUCGUUUGUCCUGGGAUACUACAAGACCAGCUUCGGCGCGUGGCCCCCGAAGGCGAGCAGCAAGAAGAACCCCUUCUCCGAGAGCGGUCUCAACCGUCUGGUGCUCAAGGCGCUGUACUCCGACAUUUGCGCUUUGUACGACCUGCUUGUCGACCGCGACAACAUCACCACGAGAGUCAUCGACGGAAACGCGGAGGAUGACGGCAGACCUACCGACAGCCCGAUGAUUGUCAACUUGCGAAAGAUGCUUUUCGAGUUUGACAACUCUACGCCACCUGUUCUGCCGCCGGUGCCUUUCGACGUUCCCAAGCUGCCAACCAUGAAGUCGAUCCACGCCAACUACGACUCACUUGCGCCCAAGGAGCAGGCCAAGAUCGAACGCAAGAUCAAGGAUCACGAGCUGACCCUCAUCAUCCAAAAGGCGUACAACUGGGAUGCCAACAGCAUCAACAUCCCCUUCUUGCUCGAGUUCAAGGAGUUCGAGCAACAUGAGGGCAAGGGCAAGAAUGCCGCAGAUCUCGCUGAUCAGCGCAUCGGUUACUGGCUCUUCCUCUACGUCGUCAUUCAGUCGCUGCCCAUGCUCACCGUCGACGCGCCGAACCUGAAGUUCAACGAGGGGGUCGAGUACUUCCUGUGCGAGCCGCCUGUUGGCAACCCCCCGUGGGUCGAGGACGCGCGCCAGGUCCGCAAGAUGUGGUACGAAGUGUCCGGUGGUGCCGGCUUUGUCGAGCUCUCGGCCGACAGUGUCAUGCUCAGUGUGGAGGCCAUCUACCACCGCAGUCACUGCUGGCUCGCCGCGAAGGAGUGGGAAGGCUUCACAGGCGCAGCGGCCCCACCCCCACAAGACGCGCACAUGUCACCUCUCGAGCCACCCCGGCCAGUUUUCCCUGGCCCCGAUGGCAUCGUCGGCAGCCCCCCGGCCCUUGGCACUCCGCCUCCACCGGGUUCCCCACAGUCCCAUCUCCGGCCGCGUAAUGCUUCGCCCGGUGGUCGCCAGCUGGGCAGCCGCAAUGCGCACCGUUCCAGUAUCAUCUUCGGCCUCGAGCCUGUCGGUUUCGACGAUGGUAUGAUGGGCGUGCCCGGCGACCGCACAUCACGCGUCGCCAGCAGUGCCCGCAGCAGCUCGGCCGGCUCGCGUCCCUUGAGCAUGGUCAUGCCCCGCUCUCCCUCCGCCACGAACCUCCGCAACAUGUCUGUCGACAACAGCAACGACUCUGCUACGGCGACCAUGACGUUCGACGACAUCCUCGGCGGCGGCGAGGAGAAGAAGACCAAGAAGAAGAAGGGCAAGUUCUUCUAA